AUGGCUCAGCUGAGCCCCAAGAGGAGCGGUCACCAUCGCGGAUAUUUUCACGCACUGGUUGGUGAGGGUCGCGACAGCGACAACAACAGCAGCACUAGAGACGACGCCGAGGCGGGCAACCUCGACACCGACCCAACCCCUGAGGAUGACGAUGACGACAACGUCGACGACGACCUUGCGCACGACAUCCUGCAGAACCGCGCCGACGCCGCUAGUCAGCAGAGCUCACCGCUCCUGGCAAGCGGCGGACCGCUGGAGGCCGUCCUCGUCAGUGCGGUGUCAAAGGCAGUGGAGGCGGAGAAGGCCCCCGCCGGCAUGGGCCUCACCGAACCAGGUGGGACCGUAGUGUGCGCAUCCACGAAGACACAGCCAGUGACGGCUCAGUCGACCACGGAGGCAGAGUAUAUUGCAGCCGGGGAGGGCGCGAAGGAAGCGUUGUUCGUGCGUGGUGUUCUGUCGUUCAUUGCGCCCGAGACGAGCGGUGCCACGAUCAGGGUCCGUGAGGACAACGAGGGGGCUCUCGCGUUGGUGCAGAACCCUUUCAGCUCGGCAAGGAGCAAGCAUAUCGACGUGCGGUUCCACUUCAUCCGCGAGCUCGUCAAGGCGGGCAAGAUCACCGCAGAUAAUGUCUCGACAGAAGAGCAGCACGCCGAUAUGCUGACCAAGGUCCUUGGUAGGGGCAAGUUGGAGUACCACCGGAAGGCUCUGAUGAACCUGCCGAUGUAG